CGCACCGAUUUCUCACGAAUACAAGGAAUUAAUUAAGAAAGAGGAAAAGAAAAUUUGACACUGCCUUCAUAUUCUUCUUCUUCGUCUUCGUCUGUCUUCUUCUCGACCAACUGGUUUCAGAUCUUGUUCAAUCCAUUUACAGGGUUUGGGAAACUGAAGUGCAACAGCAAUGGCGGUGAAAGGGAGGCAUUCGCGUGUGCCGUCUCGGAGAUCGUCUUCAUCGUCGUCUACAAUCGUUUACUCUGCGCUAACCAUUUGCUCGUUCCUCAUUCUCAUCUUUCUUGGCCUUCGCAUUCUAUCAUCUCCCACCGAUUCUCGAGAAUCUCAUAGGGUGCAGGAUCUCACCUCAAUUGUUCAUAGAACCGUGGAGGGAAGGAGUGACGUGGAGGAUGGGCGAGGAGAUCAGUGGGUUGAAGUGAUCUCUUGGGAACCAAGAGCUUUCAUUUAUCAUAAUUUCUUGUCUAAGGAUGAGUGUGAAUACCUAAUUAAUCUCGCGAAGCCUAAUAUGGUAAAAUCGACAGUUGUAGAUAGUGCUACUGGCAAGAUUAAAGAUAGCAGGGUACGUACUAGCUCUGGUACAUUUCUCCCCAGAGGGCGUGAUAAAAUAAUCCGGAACAUUGAGAAAAAGAUUGCAGAUUUCACCUUCAUCCCUGUAGAGCACGGAGAGGGGCUUCAGAUUCUCCACUAUGAAGUGGGCCAAAAAUAUGAACCUCACUUUGACUAUUUUCAAGAUGAGUUUAACACUCAGAAUGGGGGUCAACGCAUUGCUACAGUUCUAAUGUACCUGUCAGACGUUGAAGAAGGGGGUGAGACAGUAUUCCCUUCUGCCAAAGGAAAUUUUAGUUCUGUGCCUUGGUGGAAUGAGCUAUCUGAAUGUGGGAAAGGUGGACUAUCUGUUAAACCAAAGAUGGGUGAUGCGUUGCUUUUUUGGAGCCUGAAACCUGAUGCAUCUCUGGAUCCUUCAAGUUUGCAUGGUGGCUGCCCUGUUAUUAAAGGGAACAAGUGGUCGUCAACGAAAUGGAUCCGUAUCAAUGAUUACAAAGCUUAAUGUACAGAGUCAAAGGUACAUAAAUGACUCCUCCUGCAAUGAGGCUGUGUGCUUUGUAACAAAAGAUGAUGAUACAAAAGGAGCUCCCCACAAGUGUGAAGUCUGUAACGCCAUCAGUUUUGUUUUACAUUUCCUUGCCUUUUAACUUAAAAAUAAAUUAUGGGGAGAGAGGGAAGUUGUAUGUCCUUUAAGCGUCGAAGUACAAGGGAAUCAAAAAUGUUGACUGGUGAUGCACUAACGCCAACUUCAGAACAGAUGAUAAUCCAUUGCUGAAUGCAUCCAGCUAGCUCUCAUCUUCAGGCAGCGUUCCAAAUUAUCACGGAUUGUUGAUUUUGUGGAAUUGUAUAAUUGUUGUCAAAAGUAGCAGUAGUUCUUUUUCUCAUUUUUGUGUUCUUGCCUUCUCUCAACAUUUCCAAGACCCAAGCUUGUUCAAGCUUCAAAUAGAUUUUAAUUCAAGAAAAGCUCUGCAAAUAUGGACCUUUCUAUA